UAGUACUCAUUCUCACUGCUCCUGUGCACUUUUGUUAUUCGCUACAAAUAUUUGUGCCGUUGUUUUAUAGAUCUCGCUUUCAUAAUGGCUAAAAUCAAGAUCGGAAUCAAUGGAUUUGGAAGGAUUGGGCGUUUGGUUGCCAGAGUUGCACUUCAAAGCGAUGAUGUCGAACUUGUCGCUGUUAAUGAUCCAUUCAUUACCGCGGAUUACAUGACCUAUAUGUUCAAAUAUGACAGUGUUCAUGGUCCAUGGAAAAAGCACGAGCUUCAGGUUAAGGAUUCUAAGACCCUUCUCUUUGGUGAGAAGCCAGUGACCGUCUUUGGUGUGAGGAACCCAGAGGAGAUCCCAUGGGCUGAAGCUGGAGCUGAUUAUGUUGUCGAGUCAACAGGAGUUUUUACUGACAAGGACAAAGCUGCUGCCCACUUGAAGGGAGGUGCGAAGAAGGUCAUCAUUUCUGCCCCAAGUAAGGAUGCUCCCAUGUUUGUUGUUGGUGUCAACGAGAAGGAUUACAAGCCAGAUGUCGAUAUUGUCUCGAAUGCUAGUUGCACUACCAAUUGUCUUGCUCCAUUGGCAAAGGUUCUUCAUGACAGGUUUGGUAUUGUUGAGGGUCUAAUGACAACUGUCCACUCCAUUACUGCAACACAGAAGACCGUUGAUGGUCCAUCGCAGAAGGACUGGAGAGGUGGAAGAGCUGCAUCAUUCAACAUUAUUCCCAGCAGUACUGGAGCUGCCAAGGCUGUUGGGAAAGUACUUCCUUCUCUAAAUGGAAAGCUUACUGGGAUGGCUUUCCGUGUGCCAACUGUUGAUGUGUCAGUCGUUGAUCUAACCGUAAGGCUUGAAAAGGCAGCUUCAUAUGAUGAAAUUAAAGCUGCUCUCAAGGAGGAGUCUGAGGGUAAAAUGAAGGGUAUCCUUGGAUACACAGAAGAUGAUGUUGUAUCAACCGACUUCGUAGGUGAUAGCAGGUGAGGAUUUUGUAAAUAUUUCCAGUCAAUUUU